CUAAUGGAGAACAGGACAGAAAUGAUACGGUUCAUCCUGAUGGGACUCACUGAUGAUCCAGACCUGCAGCUUCCCCUCUUCAUCAUAUUUCUUCUCAUCUACAUCAUCACCCUUGUAGGGAACCUGGGGCUGACCCUGUUGAUUCUCUUGGACUCUCAGCUCCACACUCCCAUGUACAUUUUCCUAAGUAACCUGUCCUUAGUGGACUUCUGUUACUCUUCAACAGUCACUCCAAAAGUCAUGGCUGGAUUCAUUAUAGGAGACAAGAUGAUGUCCUACAAUGCUUGUGCCUCUCAGAUGUUCUUUUUUGCAAACUUUGCCAACGUGGAAAACUAUCUUUUGGCUUCAAUGGCCUAUGACCGCUAUGCAGCAGUCUGUAAACCCCUACAUUAUGCCACCACCAUGACAACACGCGUGUGUGCAUGUCUAGUCAUUAGCUGUUAUAUCUGUGGUUUCCUGAAUGCUUCCAUCUAUACUGUGAAUGCAUUAUAUCUCACCUUCUGUGAGUUAAACGUGGUCCACCAUUUUUUCUGUGACAUUCCAGCCGUCAUGAUUGCAUCUUGUUCUCAUAGACAUGUUAAUGACAUGGUUCUUAUUUCUGUAGCCAGCUUCAAUAUCUUCUUUGCGCUUAUACUUAUCUUAAUAUCCUACACAUUCAUUUUCACCAACAUACUAAAGAUGCAUUCCAAUUCAGGAUAUCGCAAAGCUCUCUCCACAUGUGCCUCGCACUUCACAGCUGUCUCUAUUUUCUAUGGGACAAUCAUAUUCAUGUACUUGCAGCCCAGGUCCAGUCAUUCCAUGGACACUGACAAAAUCGCAUCUGUGUUCUACACCAUGGUCAUCCCUAUGUUGAACCCUCUGGUUUACAGUCUGAGGAACAAGGAUGUAAAAAGUGCAUUCACAAAGAUUGUAUUGAGGUCAAGAUAA